UAUCACUUUUGCGCUUCCGCAUAAUAACCGCGCAUUGAGUGUUAAGGCUGAACUAGCCAAGCGUUCCUAGCUUGAGACUUAAACGUACGCUAGUGCUGCACGGGAUGUUGGCUUGUAGGAAAAACAAGCAGCCUGUGACACUAGGAACCGAAGGGACUCAUGUGCAAAUCUCACUAAUUGGCCGUAAGCCCUUGUUUUUUGGGUUUUUGGGAAUUUUAGGACCCAGACCAGACACAAAGACUGAAUUGGGGCUCUUAUCUUAUCCAUAACCAUACGAGAGAAUGAUUGAAAGAAUUGGAGGAGGGAGCAGCAGAGAUAGUAGCAGCAAGUAGAAUUGGGCAUUUGAGCAAUGGCUCUCCUCCUCCAAAUUCCCGCUUCCAGUACGAGGACUACCGUUUCAACUCUGCUUUCCUCUCUUUCCUCAUCUUCAUCGCCUUCACUAACUUUUGCCCUCACUUCUUUUCCGCUUUCCAGGCUGUGCAACAACCCUUUGGCUGCAUAUCCCAAACCGUAUGUUGCAUGCAGCAUUCAGCCGCCUUUCCUUCAGAAGGAGAGGAGGGCACCGCUGGCUAAGGCAUCUGCUGAAGGCGCGAACUCGGAUGGGCCUGAGCUUCCGUCAGAGAGCGAGGAGGAAGAUGUGCCCAUUCAGAAUCUUCCUCUGGAGUCCAAGCUUCAGCUGAAGCUUGAGCAGAAGAUGAGGAUGAAGUUGGCAAAGAAAAUCAGGCUACGAAGAAAGAAGCUGGUUAGGAAGCGUCGCUUGAGGAAGAAGGGGCGAUGGCCACCAUCAAAGUUGAAGAAGAACAAGAAUGUUUAGUGUUUGUCGGAAGACAUCUUCCAGCCUUCACUCUUGGACCUGCCUAAACAAUGCAAAGCCAGCUUUAUUGGUGUUGUUAUGAUUGAGGCAAGCAAUCCUGGUUCAUUGCUAUGUUGGUGUUGUUUUCAGCGCAUCCAGGAGGCCAUUUUGUUUUGCUCCCUGCUGUGGCGUUGUUUGAUCUGCUAAGAAAAGACUUUUUAGUUUCAGCUGCAGACACCAAAAUGGACGUCAAGAGCGAUUUGCAGCUCAAAAGUUCCAUCAUGCUGGUGCUGUGCUGCUCACCAAUUCCACAAUGAUGGGAAUUGACAUCCGUCUAAUCUAACAGAUGGAGGAGAGUUGCUCAACCGUACACAAAAGGACACCUUGGAGGGGGCUUGAUUUCAAAGAAACGAGACCGUUUCUUUACCCCUUCCUUGCCUGUGUCAUUUCUUUACUGUUCUCAUAAUCGGCAGAAAGAUGCAUUAUUCAAAUCACUUCCCUUGCAAUGGAAUGCCUUUUUUUAAGCA